AUGAAGAAAGCGGACCUUUUCUGGAGGAACGGAAGGCACGAGGAAGCAUAUGAAAUGGAACUGCUGGAGAUUCAAUUGUUGACUGCUGAUGGUGACGAUCAUGCAGCUCUAGCUGAUGCAUACGACCGAAUGGCGAGCGCUCUUCUUUUUUCUUCCAAUAACGACAACGGAGAACUCGAAAUGCGUAGAAAGGCGCUAGAGGUGCGAUUGAGCUACCUUGGACAUGGCACUACCGAAGCGGCGGAUUUGUAUGACGAUAUUGCCGGACACAUUGAUUUUAUGGAACGAAAUGAUGGCAAAGCGCUCAAAAUGAGGAAGAAAGCACUUGGAAUUCGGAUUGAAGAUUUGCGAAAAGAAUCACGAAGCUGUAGCAGAGAACUCCCAUCAGGACGAAGCAGCCAAAAUGUUUAA